AAAGAGAUUUUCUUUUUUCAGGAUCUUAGCUCAUCUGAGGAGGUUCCGCUACAAUCCAAUCCUUGUACAUUUAUACCUUCUUCAAAAGUGAGCUAAGCAUGGCCAGUGGGAAGAUUCAGACAGUGUUGGGCCCCAUCAACCCAGAAGACCUUGGGAUUACAAUGGCUCAUGAGCAUUUAUCCAUGACUUUUGAUGUUGCCUAUGUGCCUCCUCCAAAAGGAAUGGAAGGCAUGUCUGAGUGUCCAUUCACAAUAGAAAACCUUGGCUGGAUUCGUCAAUAUCCUUUCAGCCAUAAGGAGAAUUUGCAGCUUUGUGGUUCUGAGGUAGUAGAAGCUGUGAAGAAAGAUCUUGAGCAAUAUAAAGCAUUGGGAGGACAGGGAAUAGUGGAAUGCACAACUCAUGGACUGCAGAGAAAAGCUGGUCUGUUGAGGGAUCUCAGCCGAGAGACUGGCAUUCACAUCAUUGCUGGAACAGGAUUUUACGUGGCAGGGGCUCAACGGAUGGAUGUCUUAAAUCGCCCUAUGGAAGUGUUGGUUAAGCUCAUGGCCACGGAACUUCAAACUGGCUGUAUUGAUGCUGCUGAUGUCAAGUGUGGCAUUCUGGGGGAGAUUGGAACCAGCUGGCCUCUACAUGACUUCGAGAAGUGUGUGCUGGAGGCAGCAGCACAAGUUCAACGCAUUGUGGGUUGCCCAGUCAUGUUUGGACCUGGACCUCAUCAUGAAGCUCCACUUGAAAUUGUUCGAUUGUUUCAAGAAGCUGGGGGAGACGCUAGCAAAGCUUCCAUGGCUCAUCUGGAAUGUACAAUCCAGGAUGAGGGCCAACUCUCUGAAUUUGCUGAACUGGGAACUUACAUGCAGUUUGACCUGUUUGGUAUGGAAUCCUCACAAUAUCAGCCAAAUGAAGCUGUUGAUAUGCCAUCAGAUGCACAGCGUAUUCAACGUCUUUGGCAAUUGGUUGAUGAAGGAUUUGAGAAACAGAUCUUGGUCUCUCAUAACAUCUCCACUCGACAUCGACUUAGAGCCUUUGGAGGACAUGGAUAUGGGCACAUAAUGCAGAACCUGGUGCCAAGAAUGCAAAAUCGAGGCCUAUCACAAGCUAUCAUUGAUCUCAUCCUCAAGGACAACCCAAGAGAUUUCCUCACUUUCAAGGAUCUCUAG